GUUGAUUUAAAUUGAUUUCUGAUUUCGAUUCACUCUCUGUUUAGCCGUGUACCGUGUGACGUGUGGUUUUUACCUGUUGCGCGUUGUCCGGGGUGGGGGAAUUAGUCGCGCUUAAUUUUUGGCGUGUAACGAGUGAGAAAAUCGUGCAUACAAAAAGAUGCACGUGAAAUUGCAUUUAACGGGGCUUGCUGUGCUGCUCUGUCUCGGCCUCUCGUAUGGCGCUGUUAUCCAUAGGAGGGAAGAGAGCGGCACGAAUCAAACAAUCUGGGAUCUUACGGAGGCCCUAGCAGGCACCGCGGGUCUACGUGGUUUCAGUGGCACCUGGAUAACAGCUGAAGAAUUCUAUUACACUGCCACCGACAGAUCCAUACACAAAUUUAAUGCUGCCACCAAAACGGAUGCAAUAUUCCAAAAUUCCACAUUUUUGAACAAUUAUGUGGGCGCCACAUUUACGCUCUCGACGGACAACACGAAAAUCCUCAUACGGCACAAUCUGACAGAGAAGUUCCGUCACUCGUAUAUCGCCCAGUACGAUGUGUACGACAUCGAGACGAACACAACUAUUCAGAUCCACAAGGGCGAGAAAUUGCAGUACUGUGGCUGGUCACCGCUGAGGGAUCGCCUGGCGUAUGUCUACCUGAACAAUGUGUACAUCCAUUUCAAUGAGAAUCUGGAGAUUAGCAUCACGUAUGAUGGUGUGGAUGGGAUUGGUCCCGUGGUCAACCUGCGGGUGUACGAUUUGACCGACAAAGACCCGACCAUGCAACGUAUUGCGGCACCCACUGAUGUCGUCGGCGGUGAUCACAUUUUGCAGAAUGUUGUGUGGUCAAACAACACACAUUUGCUCAUCACCUGGAUGAAUCGUCGCCAGAAUUUGUCCUCCAUUCAGAGCUGUAGCCAUUUGGGAGUCUGCGUGGAGGUGAAACGUCUGGAGGAGCCCCACGGCUGGGUGGACAUAAGCACACCCAAAUGCCUGGGCAGUGGACAGAGCUGCAUCUUUGCCUACUACAUCGACAACUGGUAUCAGGUGUGGAAUUUGAAUUUGGAGACGGGCGUUAAUAGCUGGCAGGCUAGGGGCAAUUUUACGGUGCUCAAUGUCUAUGGUUACGAUGAAGUGAAUGAUAAAUUAUACUACCAAGCCACAAAGGCGAAUGAUCCCUCGGUCUAUCAUGUUUACAGCAACGACGAUUGUCUGAGUUGCAAUCAAAUCGAUGUGGAUGGCCAGGAAUGCCUCUCGGCCAGCGCUACCUUUAGCAAGUCCUUUGCCUACUACACACUCUCAUGCAAUGGACCCAAUCCCUCGUAUACGCGUAUCUUUGAGGCAACCAACAACUCGCUGGUCAUCGAUUGGGAACUGAAUACAGAGUAUCGCGCCAGACUGCAGCAGAAACAGCGUCCCAGCUAUAAAUUCUUGAAUGUGACGCUGGCGGAUGGCAGCAUUGGCAUGGCCAAACUGGCGUUGCCCCCAAACUUCGAUGAGACGAAGAAAUAUCCACUGAUUGUGGUGGUCUAUCAGGGGCCGAAUUCAGUGCGUGUAACUAACGGAUUUGUAUUGGGUUACGAGGCGUUUGUGACGACCGCCAGGAAUACGAUUUAUGCGUACAUCGAUGGCAGGGGCACGGGCAACAAGGGCAAGGAUCUGCUCUUUUCGGUUAACAAUGAUUUGGGGGAUCACGAGGUGGAGGAUCAGCUGCAUGUUACCGAGUGGAUGCAACAAAAUCUACCCUAUGUGGAUGCCGAACGUUGUGGCAUUUGGGGCUGGUCAUAUGGCGGUUAUAUGACGGCCAAAACAAUCGAAAAGGAUGACAAACGCAUCUUCCAAUGCGGAGUCUCAGUGGCGCCAGUAACCUCCUGGUUGUAUUACGAUACAAUAUAUACGGAGCGUUAUAUGGGUCUGCCCACGGAGGAGGAUAACUUAAAGAAAUACAAUGAGAGCAGUGUCUUCCAGAAUCUGGAAAACUUCAAUACCCAUGACUUUCUAUUGAUUCAUGGCUCGGGAGAUGAUAAUGUACACUAUCAGCAUUCGUUGCUGCUGGCCAAAUUGCUCCAAAGAGCGGACAUUCAGUUUGAGGAGCAGACCUAUACCGAUGAGAACCAUAGCAUUGGCAAUGCGCUGCCCCAUUUGUACAACACCAUUGACCAUUUCUGGAUUAACUGCCUCAACCUGGAAGUCCUCACGUCCGAGGACAUCCUCUAAAUUGAUAAAGUGUUCCUUCUAGUCAAAAGUAUUUUUAAAUGCUAAAUGUUUUUCUGUACUGUUUUUAUUUGUAUUUUUUUUGUAAAUCAAAACAUUUUGGCAUAAUCAAAAAUCCAACCAUGGAAGAUUUUGCUGGAAGAUGAAUUAUAAUUGUAAAUAUUUUCACUGAA